UCCAAUUAAAAGACAACACCUCACCACCCAAUCCCUUCCUACCUCACCCCACUCACGUGACUCCCCCUCCUCACAUUUCUUGCCCACAAAGGAAAAAAUGGAUAUACAUACACCUAGAAAAAAAUAAAAAUAAAAAAACAAAAAAAAAAAAGCACAAGGGAACUUUCCUGGAAAUUUCCAUAUAAUAAACCCAUAUCCCCUUUGACCCCUACCCCACAGGUCCCCUUGGAUUUUUUUUUUUCAUUUCUUUGGGAAAUAUAUACACUCACAUAUCACACUCUCCAAAAAAAAACCAUCGCUCUCAAAUACCUGCACACACGUAUAUUCCAUUGAAAAAUACCAUCAUAAGUCAUCUUCUUCACAUCUCUCAAAUUCUCACAUACACCACACAAUCGGGGGGAGAGAGGGAGCCAAAUGAAAAGAGAGAAUUGAGCUAGAGAGACGAGAAAAAGAAAGAUUGUGAGUGAAGGGAGAGAGAUCGUGAGGGAGAGAAGAGAAAUAGAGAGAGAGAGAUCACGGACCGGCGAGUCCUCGCCUCGAGGUCGCCGAAAAAAGGCUCAUUGCCGUCGAAAACACGUCAAAACCGACCCACAUCUUUCAAACCCAUCGGGAAACAUUAGUUCCUUGCCGGACACAGUAAACCAGUGACCGAAUCCACAAAAUUCAAGCCGUUUCAGCUUAUUCCAGAUGACAUUCAUCGAAAAAUGAUAAAAAUUAAAAUAGGUCAGUUGGAUCGUUCGGGUUAGUUUGGAUUUUAGGGAUUUGGUCGGGUUUACGGGUUCAUACCGAGGCUAGUCCGAGAUGCGGCUCCGUCGAUUUGAGAUUCUAUGUUGAGGUUCAAUUUUUGUAUUUUGGUCGUGGUUCUAGUCAGAAAAGCAACUUCAAUUGAAAAACGACAUUAAGGAUGGUUCUGUCCACAAUAUCUACGGUCCUUAUGGUCGUCAAGGUACCCAAAAAGUUGAUCAAGUGGUGGGGCACGUUCAACUACUCUGAAAAACACGAAGUGAGGAAAGUGUUAGGCAAUUUUGCAGCACUCCUGGAUCUCACGCCCCAUCCGGAUCUAAUAGAAGUUGUGUUAACUUUUUGGGAUCCAAACAAUUUGGUGUUUAGGUUCGGAAGUUGUGAGUUGACUCCUACCUUGGCAGAAAUAUCUCUUUUGUUUCAAUUGUCUUAUAUGGGUCAACAGAUGAUUUUACCCCGCAACCAUACUCGCAAAAGAUUUCUUCCACUCUGUGGAUCGAAAGACAACAAGCAGCUGGGAUGUCUCAAACAAUCUUGGAUUUUCUUUGACUAUUUGUUUACUAGAUUUGGGUCCUUAGAAGGUUUCGACUAUUUUUGGAAUGAAUUCUGUACUACUAAAAAAAUCUGGGAACAUCGUCGUCUUGAGUUUUUCUGUCUAGCUUUGUUGAGCAUCUUAGUGUUCCCGUUAGAUGAGAGGUGUAUCAAUACUCAUCUACAAUCAGUGGUGAUAGCUUUAUUCAAGAAAAAAGAUAAGGUUACCAUUGUACCAAUGAUUUUAACAGAAAUAUAUAAGGCUUUAACCGAAGUAAAAGGAGCGGUACAAUUUUUUGAGGGGAGUAAUCUGAUAUUGCAGUUGUGGAUGAUGGAGCAUUUGCAUACGCCUUCUUUGAUUAAAGCAGAUGUGAUCGACCAUUGUAUGGGUGAUCGAGUGCAAGCCAUGCAAGAGAGAAUGCAUUUUGAUAAAUUUUCUUUCCCUGUGGGAGUCAAUGCAUGGAUUUAAUUUCUCGAAUCAAGAACUCCGGACAAUAUUCUUUGGACCUAUAUGUGGUUUUGUCCUAAGAGAAUCUUGAUUGGAUCUCAAAUGCAAUUCCUUCUAGUUUUGAUAGGACUUAACUGCACUAGACCUUACAGUCCAAGAAGGGUGAUGCAUCAGUUGGGUAGGGUGCAAGACGUCCCACCGAUAAUGGACCUUCUAAAGGAUGUAGAGUAUUUUAAAGACCAAGCCUUGGGGGAAAGCAAAUAUAAGCAAUUCUGGAAUAACGCAAUGAGGCUAGAUGUCGAUACCCUCGUGGAAGGUUUAGAUAAUCUAGGGUGCACUCAAAACUAUAAAAUCUGGCUACAAUCUAUACCCCGCGGCAUUAGUAGAUCAUUACCAGCUCAACUUAGAGGGCGAAUACAGGAAGUAAUUGUAGUUGAGGACGAUGAGCAGGAAGAUCCUUGUUCCAAAGUGGAGCCUUUGAGAGUUCAACUGUCAGGUUUGAUCACAACUGUGGAAGGGUGUCAGAAAAAUCUUUUUGGGUGUAGUCUCCAAGAGGUGGGGAUACGUGCGAGAAGUUUAUUCCCAAGUAUCAAAGCAUAAUUGCAGGAUAUGUUGCAAAGUCUGAGUGGAAAAGCGAGAACUUCACAGACAGAUCCAUCUCAGCCAGGGUCAUCACACAGAGCACCAGUUUGAAAGAGCAUUUCCUAUCUUUUGUUUAGUUUAAGUUCUUUACUUUUCUGCCAUUGUAGUGUUGUGUCUUCGUUAAGUCAGUGUCAAGUUUGUUUUAAUGUUAGGGUCUUUAUAAGGAAUGUUACGCAUGUUGUCCUAUGGACCUAGAGUAUUGUUUAGUCCUCGUUGAUUAGUUUUAAGGCUGUCUUAAAUUUAAAAUAUGUUUGAGU